ACAUGCAGAAGUACGAGUACACGACCGCGACGAGGGGAGUGGAAGACCCGGAGGAAACUCGACAAGCGAUCAUGAGACUCCAACGAAUGGCAGGAAUAACACCUACGGGUAUGUUCAACAAUGAGACCAUUGCCAGGAUCAAGAACAGUAAGAGAUGUGGGAACUCUGAUAAACCAGUGGAUACAGAAGAGAUGAGGAAGAGAAGAUACGCCAUACAACAUGGAUGGUCAAAAAGGAGGCUUACUUGGGCAAUAAAGAACUUUACUCCAGACAUGGAUCGAGCAACUACCAACCGCGUACUCACAUCUUCCUUCCAAGUUUGGAGUGACGUCGCCAGGCUAGACUUUACACAGACUAAGUUCCCCAGAGCCGAUAUCUUAGUAGUUUUCGCUCGAAGGAGUCACGGUGAUGGAUACCCUUUCGAUGGUCCAGGUGGAACACUAGCCCAUGCCUACUUCCCUGGGGACGGUAUCGGGGGUGAUGUCCAUUUCGAUGAAGACGAACAGUUUACAGACAGGACAUUGCGUGGUACAAACCUAUUUAUUGUUGCUGCUCAUGAAAUCGGUCACAGUCUUGGCUUGGCACACUCUGAUGUGGGCGACUCAUUGAUGGCACCCUACUAUCAAGGAUUUAAAUCUACCUUUCAACUUCACUCAGAUGAUAUAAGAGGCAUCCAGAGUCUCUAUGGUGCGAGAUCGACACCUCCAAACAGGCCCCGGCCUCCUCCAGGUAGCCCAAACAUACCCAGCAAACGCCCAAAGGACAUGGCGAUCUGCAAUGCUCCGAUCAACGCCGUGACUUACGGACAAAUCGCUGGAUCUCCGGCCCCAUCACUCUAUAUAUUUAGUGGAGAGAGAUUCUGGAUAAAGAGAGGAAGCGAAGCUGUAUCAAACGCCCUCCAAACAGAGUCUGUCUUUGUUGAUAUGCAGUCAAUACCUGAUGCAGCCUUUAUACGAUCAUUCAGAGGACAGAAGAGAAUGGUUUUCUUUUCAGGGAGUGAGAUAUGGGAAUACUCAGCAGGUACUUACCAUCCUCAAGACAUCCGACAGCGUACUGGUAUCAGAGCCAAUAAAAUCGACGCAGCUUUCAAGUGGGCCAGGAACAACAAAAUAUAUUUAUUUUCCAACGGGCUUUACUGGCGACUUAAUGAGAAUACCCUUAGAGCUGACCCAGGCUAUCCCAGAGUUAUCAAGGAUAAUUGGAGGGGGAGAAGUGGACCGUUUGACGCUGCAUGGACAGAGGGAAAAGGUGGUGUGAGUCAUUUUCUUACUGGAAAGGAUGUGAAUACAUUUAAGGACAACGAAGUUUAUUUUGUAACUCCUCGGCGAAGCUUCGCAUCUGAUUGGCUCAUGUGUGGACAAAAUAUUGGAUCAGGUACCAAAGGACCAAUCACAGUCUCUGGUACACUUUUCCUCGUAUCGACUUUAGUAACAUUGAAACGCGUUUUAUGAUUUGAUGAAAGUUUAUCUCCGUAACUACGUUGCUCUAUUUUCAUUGGCUUUAAACUUGAUUUUAAUAACUGGGCUAAUUGGUACAUUUUGGCAGUCAACGGAACUAAACAAUAAUUUCCAGAGAAGAACAUAAUUUUUUUUUUUAAUAAUCUGAUUGUCUACACGGCAAAAAAGCAGUGGUGCAAUGAGUCAAAGUUUAUUUCCAAUUCGUCUAAUACAAAUUCGUCCAAUUGCCAACUCGUCCACUAUCACUUGGUCCACCAUCAGUUCGUCCACUAACCACGAAAUGUUGAUAGACGGAAUGGCAUUAGACUAAAUGAAAGUAGACCAUGUGGCGAGUGGACGAGUUUGGCAGUAGACGCAUUGGCAAUUUACCUGAGCCAAGAUGGCUGAACAUGAUGGGCAGGGCAAAAUAUCUAAAACGUCGUGAGCGAGCAAAAAUGUUGCAAUUAAUGUUUAAUACGAAAAGCUUUUUUAUAUUUAGAAAAAACAUAUAGUCUAUAUAUUUCAUCAUUUCCUUUCAUUUUUCUGUCUUUUUUUACCCUUUGGUCAUGGUCGUGGAACUUGUGGGGGGGGGGGGUAGGCCCUAAGGCCCCAUCUAUAUGCCAGAGAGUAAACGGGUUUACACAAAUGGGAAAAUUUUUCUUCGGUAAAUUAGCGCCUAGUGCUGUGUAAAUUUGACACACAUUUGGUAACAAUUAUCCAUUAAACGUGCAUGUGUCCUUCAACCCAAUAUUAGGCAACUUUUUUACCCAACUAAUGUGCUAUCAGAAACCAGUCAAAUUUAGUUCAGCUGUUAGCAGUGGUCCGUUGACAUUAAACCGUGGACUUACUUUACGUAAAAUAUGGAAGUUUUUAUAGAUCUGCAGUAAACCGCAAUAAUUAUUGAAGUUUUAAAUUUUGUUUCUAUUUUCAAAUAUCAAUCUAUCUAAUAUUGAACAAAACUCAUUCAUUAUUACCGUCUGUAUCCCUAUUUGUUACAUUCGAAUUUCCUUGACGAUCUUGUGUAAGUUGUACAACUCUGUCAAUAAUGUAUAUUGUUUGGUUUAUUUAUGUUUAUAUAUAUUUUUAGAUGUGGAUGUAGAUUUAUUGUAUUAUAACUGGAUUUAUAUGUUUUACUUUUGCAAAUCAAUAUUGUAAUUGAUUUAACUGUCACUUAAUGCAAAUUUUCAUGUAUCUAUAUGUGUGCAAAAGAAUGUUCCGAAAAAACGUUUUUUAUAUAUUUUAAUGAUCGAAUGUUUAUUAAGCUUUAUCAAUCACGGAACAAGGUAAUGUGAUUACUUUAAUCACGAAUAUACUAAUAUACUGAAACGCUUUAGCAUUAAUGUACAUCUCAUAGAUUAAGAUAAUCAUUGUCACUAAUUAUCAAAGCAGUUGUACAAUUAAUCAAACGUAAUUAAAUGGUUACUAUCUUCCUGCUAAAAUAAUCAACUAAACCAAAUAACUGUUGAUGAAAGUUUUGGAGUCACGUUUGGAACACUGAUCUGAUUUAAAAAAAAAUUUAGCCAGUGUUAGUCAAAGACUUAGCCUAUAUACUCAGUGGUUGAUUCUGUUGACUAUUGACUCAACGCUUUAAACACCCAUAAAAUAUGAUAUUCUUUACUGUACGAUGUCAUAUUAUUUCAGCCAUGUCAGUGGUUAAGGAUAUAUUUACAGUAUUAGUAUACAUGUACUUGCUGUAUAUAGUAUACAGAACUAGAGCUCUAUAGUAAGUCAUUUUAUACAUAUAUGAAUGCUUGCCAAUAGAAUGUCCACGAUUUUUGUUGAUUUCAUUUUUAUUUUAUAUUUCAUUAAGUGAAUAUGCUUAGUACUUGUAAUCUUUCAUCAAACUGUCUUGUACAAUUGACUUAGUGAGUGAAAUUUAUUGUUUGCCGAGAUUUUUAACUCCUGAAACUAUACCAAAAUCAAUUUAUGAUAAAAAAAUUAUUAUGAUAAUUGAUUGCAAUUCUUAUGAGAGUUAUGAGUAAGUACGAUAAACUAAUAUUUUACUAUAAUAUUUGUAUAUUUUUUCAAGCUUAAUAGAAAUUCAUUAUAGGACAUUCAUUUUACUUACGGAGGAGAUUUACCUUUUUUUCAAACAUGACUAGAUAUUACGGGGGAAAAGGUUAUUAAUAAUUCCAUGGUUCUUAUUUUUACUAUGAUGUAAUAAAAUUCAAAUAAAAUAGUUGCUAUUGUUGAAAAUAUCUGUGAGACGAUCCCGCGGAUGAAUAUGACUGUGCUUUCACUAGUUCCAGAACAUUAUUUGAAACGUCAAGGGAGCAAAUUUCGGAAUUAAAAUGAAAUGUAAUAUAA